GCUGGUGCUCAGGCCCCUGCACAGAUUCAGGGAGCGCGAUGGGACGUUGGUUGUGCCUUGGGGCUGCUCUGCCCCUCCUGGCCUCUGCUCCUUGUGACCCGGAGCCGGCCUGGAGGCUGCCGUGUGGCCCGCCCGCUAUCAACAGCACUGACUGUAUCAAGCAGGGCUGCUGCUUUGAGUCACCGAGACUCAGUGGGCAGCCCUGUUUCUACAACCUGAGAGAGAGCCCGGAUGGCAACUACAGGCUGUGGUACAAGGACAGUGACUACCCCAUUGAGAGAAUCCUUCGGGAGUCGGUGUUUGUUGAGGUUCGUGUGAAGGAUCGCACUGACCCAAUGAUUGUCCUGAGAUUGCGUGACUGCUGGGCAACUCCUGUGCCAGCCCCUGACCAUGAGGUGCAGUGGAGUCUCCUGGUGGAUGGGUAAGGACUUGAUGGA